UCUUGAUUGUCGUGAUUCUGCAAGCCGCGUACGGCACAAACGCCUCCUUCUGGUGGUUGUGGUUCCUCAUGUUUCUGUGCAUGACAUCAGGCGGAGCCGUCGGUGUUGCGAUAUCAACACUCACAACCAGGGCCGAAGUGGUAUUCCUAUUUUUGAAGCUCCUCCCGCAUGCGUAUAUUUCUUUUUGUAGAGUAUGUUGCAACUACAACAGAUUGAUAGCAGAGUAGUUUAUAGAACGCGUGGCGCAUGGAGUAGUUGCAUGGAGUGCAUGGAGCACCUGCAGCCUGCCCACGCAUGGAGUACAUCGCAAGCGUGUAAGGGACGGGCACGCGCGGAGCAUGCCCCGCCGAAGUUGGCUCUGAUAGGCUAGACGUCUGGCGGGCGGCUUGGUGAUGUGUCGGGGGGUUACGUUACCGGCGGCGCUGUAGCUGGUUUUUGGGGGGCCCUGAGCUAAGGGAACCAGCUUGCGACUGAGUGGGUGGGAAGUUGUAGCCGUCGGGGGUUUGUAGCGUAGGCGGGGAGUUGUAGCCCCAACCAUGGGCGCAGCCGGCGGCGCUGAGGCUGAUGCCUUGGCCGCCUUUACGGCCCCUGCCGGCGAGUGAGUGGCUUGGGAGUCUUCGCUGUCAGGGUUGGCUGAUAGGCCAGACGCGCGGAUAGCACUGUCUUGGCCGUAAUAUGCCCAGGGGUCGCUGGCGGCGUUGCUGCUGCUUUGCUGCUUGGGCGGCCUGAGGACGCGGGGCCUGGGCCGCGAGUGAGUGCGUCGGCCCGAGGGCUCUGCGUGAUACAUAGUUGGAGCUGGGGUUGGCAUGUUAGGCGGCUGAAGUGCCUCCCCGAAGUACUGAGCUAGAGGCGUGCACACUCUGACAGAGAGGCGCCCGGAGUGCGCCUCGCAAAAUUUUCACGCAUAGAGUGCAUGGAGUACCUGCUCCAUGCUACUCCAUGUGUUCCAUGCACUCCAUGCCAUGCGCUCGGCGAAACCUUAUAGACUGCUCGGUGAUAAGAUAACAGUGAGUAUUGAGCAAUGAGCGUCCAGCAAUCACCUUAUCAAACAAUCAUCUUGCACCAAGACAACUCCUUGUUGACGUGAAGAAAUCAUGAUGUCGAUCUUCAUCUUCAUUUCAUGAUUCUAUUUCUGCACCACAGUCCCUGGUUUUGCUCACUGUGAUAUCAAACACGGUCCCUGCGUGUUUCGGUGGCGUGAUGCGUGCAUUGUCGCAGAUUCCAGCCUCUAUUCGAUGGAUGCGUCACGGGAUCCCGAUGUCGCAUCUCUGCUCGGCAAUGGGACUACUGGAGCUCAACGCAAUCGAUGAGACGAAGGUUUCCGACGACUUGACUCAUCGUGAAAAUUUUCGCAAGCAGAGGGACGACUUCUUCCGUGGCAACGACAUACAAGCUUCUCUACUACCGUACUACGUCUGUAUGACCUUGGCUUUGUGGCUCGUUUUUCGCACACUGGGAGUGUUGUUUCUGAAGAUGAACGCGAGAGCAGCAAUCGACUAGGCAGCGCGAAGUUUGAUGUGAGAGACUCUGACUCGUCACCUCCUUGUUGUUCUCCCUGAAGCACAAUCAAUGUCCAAUUUUUCCGAUUAUUCUUUCCCAACACGCAGUGGAACAGAGUGGAAGAGUAACGCUACUUCGUAUAGCUUCCAUAUCAAGACUGAACAUGGGAGCAGCACCCGGCUCGUCAAUCAUAUUGACGUGCGCCGCACGGAGCAACCUCCGACAGCAGCACGAGAAGUAUUUCAUUAGCAUCUCGAGCUAUAAUAGCCAAUGCAGCCCAGCAUCAAAAAUGGGAUGACGACGCUCGUUUGCGAGGUCCCUUCGUUUGCAUUUCUUACCUGACUUCAACGGAGCCCCACACUCUUGGUAGAUGUGCAUGAUGGUGAACGUGACUCGCAGUUUGCUAUAUUCUUAAUCUAAGUACUUAUUUACCUGGUGACACAUACAACUACUACAUAUCAUGAAGCUUCUCGCACUGAAUGACAUUAUAUAUUCAGUCCUUGGAAAAUCUCGGCAAAAUUCUUUAGCAAUAGCAACACAAUCGUCACUGAUGUGGGCAUGCUCUGUUGGCCCAGAGUUACUAUGGUCUACUACAUGGCACAGUACAGGUUACUUAGUUAGUUUCCUAAUCAUAGAGAUCAACACAAAGAAUUACCUAUGCCGCUGCUGAUUCGUGUCUUUACAAACUAUCUAUAUAUUCUAACUGUAACUGCUGCUGAUGUGGGACCAAACCUCACCUCGAUUAUGAUAGCUAAAAGAAAAGCGAAAGCUACAACUUGUGACUCGCGCAUAUUUCUAAUGAUUUAUCAAUGACAAAAGUGACUGAUGCAUAUUGAAAAACAAGCCACCCGUUAUUUCCAUUCGCAAGGAAGUUCAUGACUCUGAAGCUUCUCCCCUCGACAAGAAAAUGAAUGGAAACCGUCGGCUAGAAGUGAUGGCAGUCCCUCACUAAUUACCCUCAUCAAAAAGUAGAAAGGCUUCACUUAAUGUUGCGGCUCCCUAUGCUCGCGAGCCUGGUCAUUCGUUCGUACAUUAUUCCAACAGCAAUCAACUACCCAAGCUGCCCCCCCCGCCGCGUCUUCCUUUGCUGCAGCUACUGAGUUAUCAAAGCAGUUC